CCCCCCGCCCGCUCGCAGGCUGGAGCCCAGGUCAGCUUUGGCAUCUUCCUUCAGUCAGUAACCAACUCCUGGCGCGGUGGGAACUCUGUUCGCCCCCUCGGUUUCCCUCCAGUCUCCCUCCUGCUACGGGAGUAAAUCCCGCGUCUGGUAGGCUGAGGAGCAAAGAAAGGAUUAAAGGGAAGAAAAACCUGGCUGGGUCUGAACGCCGUCUGCAGUGCCAGAAAGGGAGGUGGCGGCGGCCGCGACGACGGCCGCGCGGGACGGGAGGCCCGAGAGCAGCCGACGGCGGCGACGGUGGCGGCGGCGGCCGCAGCUCCAGCGCCUCGCGCCGGGGCCGUUAGUCAGCAGAACGCGAGCUCGUGUGGAGGAGCAGGGCCGGCGCAAGGCAAGACUCGGGAGCGCUAGCCGGGCCCACUCGGGCGCCGCCGUCCUUCUUCGUCCGGGCGCUGGGGGCUGCAGUGCUCGUCCCCCCUCCGCGGCUGGGCCGGUCCGCAGGCGAGGAGAGUCCGGCGGCAGGAGCGCGGGUCGCGCAGUGUGGAGGACAGCGCAUCGGCCCCGGCUCUUUCCAGACCUUUACUGCCGGGCGCCUCGGCCCGGGCGGCUCAGGUGCAGAAGAUGAACAAUCUUUCGUUUAGUGAACUGUGUUGCCUCUUCUGCUGUCCACCUUGCCCAGGGAAAAUUGCUUCAAAAUUAGCAUUUUUGCCACCUGAUCCAACUUACACACUGAUGUGUGAUGAAAGUGGAAGCCGCUGGACUUUACAUCUAUCAGAACGAGCAGACUGGCAAUACUCUUCUAGAGAAAAAGAUGCUAUUGAGUGUUUCAUGACUAGAACCAGUAAAGGCAAUAGGAUUGCCUGUAUGUUUGUGCGUUGCUCACCCAAUGCCAAAUACACUUUGCUCUUCUCACAUGGAAAUGCUGUUGACCUUGGUCAGAUGAGCAGCUUUUACAUAGGACUAGGAUCACGAAUUAAUUGUAAUAUAUUCUCAUAUGACUAUUCUGGAUAUGGUGCAAGUUCUGGGAAACCAACAGAGAAGAAUCUCUAUGCAGACAUUGAAGCUGCUUGGCUUGCUCUAAGGACAAGAUAUGGCAUUCGCCCUGAAAAUGUGAUUAUAUAUGGCCAAAGUAUAGGGACUGUACCGUCUGUGGACCUCGCUGCUCGGUAUGAGAGUGCUGCUGUUAUUCUUCAUUCUCCUUUGACCUCGGGAAUGCGAGUUGCUUUUCCUGAUACCAAGAAGACCUACUGUUUUGAUGCAUUCCCAAACAUUGACAAAAUCUCUAAGAUAACCUCUCCAGUGUUAAUAAUUCAUGGGACUGAAGAUGAAGUCAUUGACUUUUCGCAUGGCCUUGCAUUGUUUGAGCGUUGCCAAAGACCUGUGGAGCCUCUGUGGGUUGAGGGCGCAGGUCACAAUGAUGUGGAACUUUAUGGACAGUACCUGGAAAGGUUGAAACAGUUUGUGUCACAGGAACUGGUAAAUUUGUAAAAUAUUCUGUAAAUUUGCAUACUCGGUCUUCUUUUCUUGCUAAACUGCACUCUUUGGUAAAUAACAUAAAACCUGAAGGUUUUGUUUGCAAAUCAUGUCAGUUGCCUUCAUAAAUGUACAGGUAAUGAUUUGUUAACAGACUUAAUGAAGGUUUUAAUUACCAGAACUAGAACUGGAAAUAACAAUAUCAUGCAGUUAGGCUGUAUAAUUUAUAUUUUUUCUGUGAAUUUUUUUUAAACAUCAAGAUGAGUACUGUAAGAAAUUUUAAUUCUAUAAAAUCAAAUGCUGUAAAAGUAUUGCCAAAUGCUUUUGCAUAUCAAACAAAUUUAUAAGUAUUUUUAAAACAUCUCAAUGAACUAAAUCUUAUCCUGGUAUACAAAUGUAAUCUUCUUUUGGAAGAAAAAAAAGCUGUAUAUCUAAAGCAAUUCAAGUACUCAGAAUAAACUAUAAAAAAACAUUUAAAAACAUGCAAGAUCACUAGAGUUAAUCUAAACCCUGUUGUAUAGGGAUGAAGGUCUAAAUGGUUAUUUUAUUGUAAAAUACAUUGAAUUUUCUGUAUUCACUGGUUAUUAUACAUUCAUCCCCCAAAAUGAUGUAAGUCUUAAUUUUUAUGCCAUCUUUUAAUUUACCAAUUAGUUACCUUGUAAAUGAGAAGUCUGACAGCACUGACUUAACUACUUUUGAUAUGUAAGUUUGGUACUGUGAGGCAACUACUUAAAGUUUUCAUUUUGGUUAUUUAAAAGGCAGUUGGAGCUUCAAGAAUGAUUUUGUAUGCAAUGUUCUUUUAAGUUUUGGCUAAUCAUAGAAUUGCAGUAGUCUUCAUUAUAUGAGAACCUGAAAGUCCAUUACUCUAUCUUCAAGACCACAAACAGACUGGCUAUUUGGUCCCCUUUCGCUGUGGCUAUUUUUAAGAAUAGGAACUAUUGUUUUGGAUUACUGUCUGAAUAUUACAUGGAUUCACUCCUGGAUACAGAAGAUAAGAAAACAUUUAAUUCAUAACUUUUGUAUUAACCAAUAUAGUAAAAAAUAAAGCUCACACACAAACUAAGUUGCCUUUUCUUGAAUGAACCCUGCCUGAAUAAAACAAUGAAAGAAGAAUAAAAAUAAAAUUAAUGGUAUGUAGUCUAAUUUGUAAAUGAAUGAAUAUUGAAAUAAUACACACUGUGGAUAUAUUUUAAGGCCUUAUGUAGUUUUAAUUGUUCUGCUUGUUCUGUGGUUAUGUCUAAGACUAUAGUAUAUGAUUCUCUUCAAAGUAUAUCAAGUAUUGUGAAUGCUUUGGUUCAGAUGUGUCAAAUUAACAGUAAAACAGCAAAUACACCACU